UAUAAAAAUGUUUAAAAAGACUUAUAUUUAGGAACGGAGGCAGUAAAUUACUAUCAUACAUACACAACCAACAUUUCAGAUUUUCACUCACGGUAAUAAUCAAAUACAGUAAAGAAAUUGGCUUAUAAAUAGACGCUCCACACGCACGCACACACAAUACAUGAGUAAUAGUGAGAGUGAGACACACACACUACACACCGGAAUCAUCGAAAUGGCGACCGGCGUCGGCAACGGCACAGGCCCGUCGACGAACGACGACGCGCUCCAGUCCCUCCUCGUCGCUGCGCGGCCGUUCCUCCGGGGCGACCUCGCGGCGGUCGACCCCGAGCUGCCGUCGCUCGUCUCCGUCCUCGUGUCCGCCGGCGCCGGCGAGUGCUACCACAAGCACGGCACCUUCCUAGCCCACCUCCUCGACGUCUACCGGAUCCUCCGCCUCUGGGGCGCGCCCGACGCCGUCGCCCGCUGCGGCCUCUUCCACUCCUCCUACUCCAACUCCUACGUCAACCUCGCCAUCUUCGAGCCCGACGUCAGCCGCGCCCGCGUCCGCGGCAUCGUCGGCGAGGCCGCCGAGCGGCUCGUGCACCUCUUCUGCGUCGUCCCGCGCCACGCGCUCAUGCACGACGACCUCCACCUCCGCUACACCGACGCCGAGCUCCGGGACCACCUCGCCGCCGCCGGGGCGUCCCUCCAGGCCGCGCGCUCCCACGGCGGCAGACCGGAGGACAAGGCGGAGCCGUGGCGCUUGAAGCUGCGGUCGGUGGUGCCGGAGGACGGCGUGGUGGUGCCGCACAUCCGGACGGGGGAGCCGGUGGCGCUGUCGCGGCGUGUGCUGGCGGUGUUCGUGCUGAUGACCGUCGCCGACUUCAGCGACCAGUACACGGACUACCAGGACAAGCUGUUCCGCAACGACGACGGGCGCCUCGAGUUCGCCGGAGACAACUGGGCCGCGCUCUGGCCGGGGACGGGCAAGCCGGGGCUGUGGAUGAGCGCCACGUCCAGGCUCGCCGCGCUCUACCGCCUCAUCGCCACCGACGAGCAGCUCCGCCACAUGGAAGAACAAGUGGGGCCGACGAAGACGACGGCGGACGAACAGGACGCGGGCCUGGAGCUCUGCAUCCCGCCCGUGUUCGACCGGUGCAGCAAGGUGCUGGACCCCGGCGAGCAGAUCGCGGCGAGGGACAUGUACUGGGAGGCGAUCUGCAGCGACGGCAAGGAGGAGGGCGUGGAGUCGCUGCUGCGGCGGUGCAUCGCGAAGAACCCGUACGUGGGGGAGCCGUGGCUGGUGCUGGCUCAGGUGCUGCUGAACGGCGGAGGGAGGUGGGAGGAGGCGGAGGCGGCGGCGGAGGAGGGGCUGAGGCUGGUGGUGGAGUGGGGCAGCAGCUGGGACAAGAGGAUGUCGUGGGAGGGAUGGGUGUCGUGGGGGAGGGUGAUGAGGGACAAGGCCAGGGAGAAACAGUGGCCGCGCUCCGCAUGGGGCAUCAUCAACCUUGGACUCGUCAAGGAAAUCGACCACAACUAGAGCUUUACCUGUUGUACUUAGCGACUAUGCAUGUCUUCAUUAGCUGUGUGAUGGUGUGGUAUUUGAGUAUGUGACCUAUGUUUGGGUCAUUGUGUGUUCAUUAGUGUGAUUGUAUUGUACUCCCUCCGUUUCUAAA